AUGCCACAGCUUGGAAGGUUUGGGCAUCCUAAAAUUACUCUUAAACAACACAAAUUUGGCAAACAACCAAAAAAGAGGAAAAUAUGGACCGACGCGGAAGACAUCAAGUUGAUCGAGCUGCAUCACACCUGUGGGAACCGCUGGUCGGUGAUCGCCCGGCUACUCUCCGGCCGGUCGGAAAAUGACGUUAAGAACCACUGGAAUGCCACUAAGCGCAGUCUAAAAGCGAAGCGCCAGCUCAAGAAGAGGAACAGCGAGCAGCCACCUCCUGGACAACUCUCCCUUCUUGCGGAGUACAUCCGCAGCAUGGAGCCGCACAUCGGAUCACCCGCUGAGACACCUCCAGUGUCCCCACCAUUGUAUCAUGACCAAGAGCAUGGUGGGAAGAUAGGGAUGGCCGGUAGAGAUGCUGCCAUCGUCAUCGCCCCUACCGCGCAGGCGCACCUGACCUACCCCAAUCCGGCCAUGACUGGUAUGCACUACCACCCAAACCCAACCAACAUGCAGUACUGGGCGCCGGAUUUGAAUGUCGCCGACGGGCCAAAUGAGGGGUACUCGUACUACAUCCCUCCCAAUGCGCACCUGCACAACCGCAUGUCGUAUGGUUUGUCACCGACACAGAUGCUUGGUGAGCAAGACAUCCAGCAGACGACCAAUGUGAGCAUGAACAUGUAUGCGUUCAGCGGACAACAUUCCCUCAUGGCGAGCAACCUAAAGGCGGUGGCAGAGAUGCACCGUGAGUGCUCCGCCAACAACCAACUGGGAAACGUGGGUGAUGGAGCUGGCGGCUGGUCCUACUACUACGACAUAGACGCCACUAGUUCGAGCGGCCUUGCUGGAGGUAGUGCUAGCUGUAGCGACCAUGAUGUCAUCGACGUGGUGCAGAUGGCCUCGAGGGUGUUUGCUGCACAGGACUAG